GGGCAGGCGGCGCACUGCACGAGCGCACACGCGCCUGAUGCGCAACAGGACCAGGAGCCGCUUCAGCAUGCAGGAGGAGGGGGGGAGAGUGGUCUGCUGGUGAGGAGCAGGAGCAACACAGGAGGUUUUAGCUGAAGUUAAAGCAGGAGGCGCAGAGGAGCCAUGACCUCCGGACAGCAGGAGCACUGAAGGAGACACCAUGAACUCCUCAGAGUCCGCGUGGCUCUCCGGAGAGCUCUGGAACCUGAGCCUGGCUGAGGAAGAGGAGCAGAAACUUCUGUUCGGGAUCGGGACGGAUAAUUUCAUCACGCUGCUGGUGUUCGGGCUCAUCUUCACACUGGGCGUGCUGGGGAACUCCAUGGUGAUCACGGUGCUGGCGCGGAGCAAACCGGGCAAACCCCGGAGCACCACCAACAUCUUCAUCCUCAACCUGAGCAUCGCGGACCUGUCCUACCUGCUCUUCUGCAUCCCCUUCCAGUCCACCAUCUACAUGAUGCCCACCUGGGUGCUGGGCGCCUUCAUCUGCAAGUUCAUCCACUACUUCUUCACCGUGUCCAUGCUGGUCAGCAUCUUCACGCUGUCCGCCAUGUCCGUGGACCGCUACGUGGCCAUCGUGCACGCCAGGAAGUCGUGCUCCAUCCGGGUGGCGAGGCACGCGCUCAUCGGCGUGGUGGUGAUCUGGGUCCUGUCUCUGGCCAUGGCUGCGCCCGUCAUGCACCACCAGAACCUGUUCCAGCGCGGGGAGAACAGCACGUACUGCUGGGAAGUGUGGCCGGACCACAAGCACAAGAAGGUGUACGUGGUGUGCACGUUCGUGUUCGGCUACGUGCUGCCUCUGCUGCUCAUCUCCUUCUGCUACGCCAAGGUGAUCAACCACCUGCACAAAAAACUAAGAAACAUGUCCAAAAAGUCUGAGGCGUCCAAGAAAAAGACGGCUCAGACCGUGCUGGUGGUGGUGGUGGUUUUCUGCCUGUCCUGGCUCCCUCACCACGUCGUGCACCUCUGGGUGGAGUUUGGGAACUUCCCACUGAACCAGGCCUCCUUCGUGUUCCGGGUGGUGGCCCACUGCCUGGCGUACAGCAACUCCUCGGUUAACCCAGUCAUCUACGCCUUCCUGUCGGAGAACUUCAGGAAGGCUUACAAGCAAGUCUUCAAGUGCCAGAUCGGCAGCGGAGACUGUCCGCUUAACGACAUCAAGGAGAUUCGCAGCAAAGCGGAAACGCCGCCCUCGACUAAUUGCACUAAUGUUUGACUGACUGUGGCAGGUGAUGGUAAAAUGAGCUCUGUCAGCUGAGACUGCAGCUCACUGUGAGUCAUGGUGACCAAGUGAUCUGACACGAGUGGGUUUGUUUGGGUAAGUCUGAUUGAUUGUAUUAUUCCACAUAAGCGCCGGUCGUGACACCUGGACUGGAGUGGAUCUACAUAACACAAAUCUGCCGUGUUUAAAUCUCAGGAACAGAGUCGGGCUUCUGCAGGCGAAAGAUUUUAAUGGCAGAUAAUUAAACGUCAACAUCACGGUGUAUUUCUACAAUAUUACCCUCAAAUAUGAAGAGACGUGUGCUUUCCCUUACAGCAUGUAUUCCUCUACAAUAGACUUUUGCAUUGUACCAACACAACACAUUAUCUGCAGCUGUAAAAACGUUUGUGUUUGUGUGUCUGAAGAGAAACUAGUAGUAGCAUUCUGUGGAAAUGUAGUGCUUUUUUUUAGGAUUUAGAAAUGACUGCAAUCUUAAAUUUAUACAAGUUUUGAUACUUGCAUCCUCUGUUUGCUUUCUCGUUGCCCUGUGAAGUUGUAUUUUCUGAUACUUUACGUUGCUGCAGUAGGAAGUCACUUUCUGACGACACACUGGUCUUAUAGCUUGUUUCUGAAAUCAGUCACCUGGAGAAAAAUACACCAAGUACUUUAAAACUGUUACCUGUCCA